AUGCGUCGUCGACAAGAUGUUGGACGCCGUGAGCGUCUGGUUGAGCUAUUCAACCGCAUGGAUUGCAAUGGAGAUCGAAUCCUCCACAUGAAUGAAGUCAACGAGUACCUUCAGCGUCAUCGUUAUGAUCCGUCGGCCAUUAGAGAGUUUUGGAGAACCUUUGAUCUUAACCAAGAUGGUCAAAUUACAGCCGAGGAGUUCAAUAUGGUUUUAGCUCGGCUCCCUGAUGACAGCGUGGAUAUUGAGAACCUUCGCCGUGUCUUCACCUCUUUUGACACAGAUCACUCAGGUCGAUUGGAAGUUCAUGAAGUUAUGCGUUUGUUGGGUGCUAUUGCCGGCAGUCAGCAGGUUGUUGAAAACUUGAUGCAACUCUAUGGGGUUGCUCCAGAACUUGGACUCACCUUCGAAGACUUUGUCGCCUUCUUCUCUGAUCCUGCAUUUGUCUAA